GAGGCAGCCCUGUGACCGACGAUGGGGACAGAGUGGGGCUGCCAUCGCGCCCGGCCGUGAGUCGCGCGCCUCCGCCUCCGCCUCGGCCCACUCAGCCCCUCGAGAAGCGCCUGGCCGCUCGGGAACAUGGCCCUGGAGCAGCUCUGCUCGGUCCUCAAAGUGUUAUUGAUAACAAUACUUGUAGUGGAAGGGAUCGCUGUGGCCCAAAAGACCCAAGAUGGACAAAAUAUUGGAAUCAAACACAUUCCUAUAACCCAGUGUGGCAUUUGGGUUCGAACCAGUAACGGAGGUCACUUUGCUUCACCAAAUUAUCCUGAGUCAUAUCCACCAAACAAGGAGUGUAUCUACAUUUUGGAAGCUGCUCCACGUCAAAGAAUAGAGUUGACCUUUGAUGAACAUUAUUAUAUAGAGCCAUCAUUUGAAUGUCGGUUUGAUCACUUGGAAGUUCGAGAUGGGCCAUUUGGUUUCUCUCCUCUUAUAGAUCGCUACUGUGGCAUGAAAAGCCCUCCAUUAAUCAGGUCAACAGGGAGAUUCAUGUGGAUUAAGUUUAGUUCUGAUGAAGAACUUGAAGGACUGGGAUUUCGAGCAAAAUACUCAUUUAUUCCAGAUCCAGACUUUACUUACCUAGGAGGUAUUUUAAAUCCCAUCCCAGAUUGCCAGUUCGAGCUCUCAGGAGCAGAUGGAAUAGUACGUUCUAGUCAGGUAGAACAAGAAGAAAAAACAAAACCUGGCCAAGCAGUUGAUUGCAUAUGGACAAUUAAAGCUACUCCAAAAGCUAAGAUUUAUUUGCGGUUCCUAGAUUAUCAAAUGGAGCACUCAAAUGAAUGCAAGAGAAACUUUGUUGCAGUGUAUGAUGGAAGCAGUGCUAUUGAAAAUCUGAAGGCCAAGUUUUGCAGCACUGUGGCCAAUGAUGUAAUGCUUAAAACAGGAGUUGGAGUGAUAAGAAUGUGGGCAGAUGAAGGUAGUCGGCUUAGCAGAUUUAGAAUGCUGUUUACUUCCUUUGUGGAACCUCCCUGUACAGGCAGCACUUUCUUUUGCCAUAGCAACAUGUGCAUCAAUAAUUCUUUAGUCUGUAAUGGUGUUCAAAACUGUGCAUACCCUUGGGAUGAAAAUCAUUGUAAAGAAAAGAAAAAAGCUGGACUAUUUGAACAGAUCACUAAAACUCAUGGGACAAUUAUUGGCAUUACAUCAGGAAUUGUCUUGGUUCUUCUCAUUAUUUCUAUUUUAGUACAAGUGAAACAGCCCCGAAAAAAGGUCAUGGCUUGUAAAACUGCUUUUAAUAAAACUGGGUUCCAAGAAGUGUUUGAUCCUCCUCAUUAUGAACUAUUUUCACUAAGGGACAAAGAGAUUUCUGCAGACCUGGCAGACUUGUCAGAAGAAUUGGACAACUACCAGAAGAUGCGGCGCUCCUCCACUGCCUCCCGGUGCAUUCAUGACCAUCACUGUGGAUCGCAAGCAUCCAGUGUCAAACAAAGCAGGACCAACCUCAGUUCCAUGGAACUUCCUUUCCGAAAUGAUUUUGCACAACCACAGCCAAUGAAAACGUUUAAUAGCACCUUCAAAAAAAGUAGUUACACUUUCAAACAGGCACAUGAGUGCCCUGAACAGGCCCUAGAAGACAGAGUAAUGGAGGAGAUUCCUUGUGAAAUUUAUGUCAGGGGGCGAGAAGAUUCUGCACAAGCAUCCAUAUCCAUCGACUUUUAAUCUUCUACUAAAGGUGAUAUUAAUUAUUAAGUAUGUAUGUAUGCAACCUACAGAGCAGCCAUUCUGAUUUCAGUAACCAACUCUAUUUUCCUGUCAAACUAGGAAGACAUUCAUUUUCCAUUUCCCUAUCACAUUGAUGACAUUUUUAUCAUCUCAGGCAGUCUCUAUGUUAAGCCAAACAAAGGAACUUAAUACAUUUGGUAGGAAAAAAAAUAAUCAUCAUAUGUUGCUUGAUGUCAUAUAAACAAAAUCAUCACCAGUUACAUAGCAGGUGAAGAGGGGCAUUGGUGGUGUUGGGCCAGGCUCAGGCUGCCUGUUAGUUUUAGCAUCAGAAAUACUGCUCUUGACUGAUAAAGCUCUGCCAAUAUUUUGAACCCAUAAUAAACUUAAAAAUAAGGUUUGUCUUUAUAUUCCUCUUAUUUUUCUUUUCUAUUAUUUGUUUUAUAUGCCUGUAGUUUUGCCAUUACUGUAUCCUAAUAAGUGGUUAAUAUACCACUUACCUCAACACAGGCAUUUGUUGUUAAACUUGUCAAAAUACAGCUAAUUUAGUUCUGUUUUUCUACACUAAUUUUUACACUACUGCCUUUUAAUUACUGGAUUGUUAGUCCUUAUUUUCUAUGAGAAAUAGAUGAUAUAAUUUUCGCCUUUAAAUCAUACCUUAUCUCUGUUGUAUUAUACUAGUAAACUUCAUGAUCCUGAGAUAUAUGCACCUUACCAGUUAUGACUAAAAAUUUGAGAAAGACAAAAAUGUCUAGCAAAUCUUUGGAAUCGCCUACAUUUGGUCACAUUCAGUGACAGCCCAUUCAUUCCAGUAGACAGUCAUUUAAUUCACUUGUGGGGAGAGCUAUAAUUGUGUUUAUUUACAGUGUUUCUCAUCCCCAAAACUACAUUUCCUAUUAUUUUUGUAAGAAGAUUACUUCCUUUGUAUUGGUUUAUCUUUUGACAUUUGGUAACCCAAGAUUCUGUGAGAGUUAAAGGAAAAUUCCUAAGAAACUGUGAAAGCCUUUUGAUUGCUUCUUUCUUAGGACAGCACAUUUUUCUAACUCUUAUCAAGAAUACCAAUUUCAACUUUUUUUUAAACUGCACUUUUGACCUUAUUUUUUUUAUGGUAUAUAAAACAAUAAUUUAUAAACAUAACUCAUUUGUGUUUUUUUAGACUUUUUUGAUAUUAUUUGAUACUGUACAAACUAUUAAGUCAAGAUGAAAGACCUACAUGAAGAUUUCUUUCAGUGUUCACAUUAGCAGCUUUGUAUACAAACAUGCUUUGUUGGAACUGUACACCCAUAAUUUAUUAUAAAGACCUUGGUAAUGUGUACAUAGGCUUUCUCUUUCCUUUUGUUGCUGUAUUUAGUUUGUGAUAAAUCUUUCACUGUAUGAUAUUUAUUGCUCUAAAUCACUACACAUCUUAUUAAAAUAUGCAUUGUUACAUGAUCAUUCAAUCAUGUUAUUUAUGGCACUGAUAUUUUGGGUCUUAAGAUAUAUGUGGAAUGAAGUCCAUUUAUUGAAUUGUAACUAAUAGAGAGACAUGUCAUUUAUAAGAGGUAAAUUCUCAUUUUUUACAUUUCUUGUAGUAAAUUCUCAAUGAAAUGAGAA